UCGUACUCUAUGAAGUUAUUGUAGACAGAAUGAAAUCAAACACAAAUGUGAAAAAGAAAUAUGUAGGUUCCAGUUCCAAGGAAAUCAAACCUUGGGAUACUUCAACCAAUCAGCAGGAUACAGAUACACCAAAGGUAAUAUUCGAUGCCAUGAGGAAGCUUCGUUUAUCGCGGACAGACAUCCUGAAGUGGAAGAAUUCACGAAUAUCAGUCCCACGUCUCGAAGGAUUUUUCCUGCAAUUGAGGCUUGCGAAGUGGGAGCAAGGACUAGGAGGAACAGGAUUUUAUGUUGCCUGCAUAACUGAGGGAAACAAACAGGGCACACAACGAGAUUCGAAGAACUCCAUCACCGAUAACAUAGGGGGGAUCAUGCUCUGUCGAGAGCCAGUACAUCUCCAACCACGAUUUUCUCGAGGAUGAGCUUACGGCAUGGCUGGGACAACCAAAAAGAGCGGCGGAAAGAUUCCGUCGGAAGAAGAACUUACGGUUCGAAUCAAAGAGAGAAGAAUGUUAAGGUUUCAUGCACUUUUUAUGUUGGUUUCGGCUGUUGAUGUGUGUUAUCUUGUUUGCACACAACUUGUGAGGUCGUCAGCAAUA